CCACCUAAUAAAAUAUUCAAAAAAAAAAAAAUGGGAACAUUUUCAAUAACUCAUAAUAAUGCCAUAUUAAAUUUGUUUCCUAUUUUACACAUUUAUUCAUCCCACAAAUUGAGCUUUCCAUUACAAAAAAUAAAAAAUAAAAAACGAAAAAUAAACAAAAUGUAACUGAAAUGGGCGGGAAAUGAAAAAAGUGACAACUAGGUAAAAUUAAAUAGGUUUUCUUUAAUGUUUUGAGCUAGUAAUUAUAUAUAUAUAGAAAUGAAAAAUUGAUGAUCCAACCCUAUUAUUUUUGCCAAAACGUAAAAACCUUAUAAAAAUGACUCAAUUAAUAUAUGUGUCCCGUGGCCAUCCACUAAUAUUAUCUAACUUAUUAUUAUAUACACAUAUACAAACGUGUAAAAUUUUGUUUGUAUUAGUGGAGAUGUACAUGAAUAGAUUACAGACUUGACCGUAUUUAUUAUUUUAUAAUAUUUGAAAUGGAACGUGUUUUACCAUUGUCUAUCGACCAUUAAAUAAAAUAAUUCAUUAUUCCAUCUUCCCAAAAGCUCUUCCCGUCUCCUCAUAUAUCUACUUCACACUCUCUCUCUAUGCGAUUCUCUUUUUGUUCUUUUUUCCUUACAAAAGAGAUUGAGAAGCAAAAGAAAUAUCUUUUCGUCAAUAACAAACUUUGCCUAUGAAAACUUGGAUUACACAGUUCUGAAGAGUAUUUUCAAAAAAUAUGGGCUCAUGCGUUUCGGUUCAGAACGAGCAGGAGUCCGCCGUGGACCUCCAUUUAUCAGACGGGCCGAAGAACGAGAAGCUCUUGACAGCGUCCGCCGUCAAACAAGAGGUCGAUGCGAUCGGCGGUGGAGAUCAUGCCGUUGCUGACUUGGCAGUCAAGUCUGGAUUCUCAUCUCGUUUUCGCAGAGCUGUCAGCAAAGAUGAACAAUUUUUUGAUUCUCAACCUUGGCUUGAGUCGGACUGUGAAGAUGACUUUUUGAGCGUCAAUGGUGAUUUCACCCCAUCUCGCGGAAGUACUCCCGUGCACCACAAAUUGUCCUUAGGAAAUCCAUCAGUAAAUAAUGCCUCCUCGAUGGAAAAGGAAAUUGAUUAUGUAACCGAAGCAUUCAAUCCAGACAAAAAGAAGAGACUCUCUGAACUGUUUAAAGAGAGCCUACGCCGCCAGGACUACUCGGACGAGGAAAACGAAACAAACCUCGAAAAUAUGAAAACCGAAGCCACUAAUACACUGGCCCAACACGAGACAACCAAAAGUGUUGAAGCUAAAUCUAUGGUUGAAAAAACUCGGGAUAAAUUGAUGAUAGCUGAUGAAGAGUCGGUUAAGGCUAUACAAUGUUGCCUUCCGGGUUUUGGUGAUAGGAAAAGGAAGACGAACCCAAUUUUGGUUAACGGCUAAUAAAAUGAGCUGUUUGUGGAUAUUUAUGAAGACAAUGUACAUGGUGAGUGUUAUGUUUGUCAAAUCUCUUCUGUAGGUGGAGAAGCUUUUGAGUACAUAUUUAAUGUGUUUAAGAAUGGUGCAGGUUCCUUGUCUAUCUGUGUAAAAACAGUAUCAUGGUACCAAUGUCAAGAGUUAAGACAUAAGCUUUUAAUAUUCACUCUAUUUUUCUUUUUAUGUUUUGGGUGUCAAACUCGUGGAGAAAUUAUAAUUUAUAGCAUAUGCCAAGUCAAGUUUUAAA